AAACAUGUCGGUUGAGAAAUCAAGAACCAAUACUGAUGAAGAUAAUUAUAUGAUUCUUACAAAUGACUUCUCAAAAAGUACACUACAAAUAGGCAUAAUGAAAAACAAUAGCUCGUCCACUGAUUUAUGUGUUGAAGAUAUUGAAGCAAUAAUAUUGGAGAAAUCUGAUACUCAAGAAACAUUAAAUAUGUUGGUUGAGAAAUCAAGAAAAAAUACUGAUGAAGAUAAUUAUAUGAUUCUUACAAAUGACUUCUCAAAAAGCACACUACAAAUAGGCACUAUGAAAAACAAUAGCUCGUCCACUGAUUUAUGUGUUGAAGAUACUGAAACAAUAAUAUUGGAAAAAUCUGAUACUCAAGAAACAUUAAAUAUGUUGGUUGAGAAAUCAAGAAAAAAUACUGAUGGAGAUAAUUCUUCUGAAUAUAUUCCUUCGUCUACAAGCGAGUCAUCAAUUUACUCAGAUACAGAAAAUGAUAAUACAAAGAAUAAUAGGAAAAAUGUCUCUGUAAAUAAAACUAAUACGUCUAGUGGUUUAGACAUAUCUAAUCUACAUUUGUCAGGAACAAAAAUGUGUGAUGAUGCUGAAAUGUAUGUCACAGAAUCGUCAGGAAAACAAACACAUUCCAAAAAAAAUUGUUGUUAUUACUGCAAAAAGCUACAAAGUAAGAUAGCACGUCACUUAGAAACUGUGCAUUCUAAUGAAAAAGAAGUUAAGAAAUUUAGUGUAUUACCUAAAGGAAACUACGAAAGAAAGAAAAUAAUAGAAACUCUUCGACGAAAUGGCAAUUUUCAGUUUAAUACUAAAAAAGAGAUAAACAAUGGAGAACUUAUCGUAUGUAGGCGACCAAACAAAGAAUGGCAUAGAACGGCUACUGAUUUUUUACCUUGUGGUAAGUGCAAAGGAUUUUUUUCAAAAACAUCUCUUCGACAUCAUUUUCGUCGUUGCACUGGACGUAAUAGCAAACAUAAUAAAUCAAUAACUGUAUUGGGUCGUACUAUUGUUGGAAGAACUCACGAACUAGCUAAUAAAAUUCUUAGAACAAUUGUCUUUCCCGUAUUACGAGACGACGAUGUGACUCGUGUAAUAAGGUACGAUCGGUUAAUAAUUCUAUAUGGAAAUAAACUUUGUUUGAAAUAUAGAUUGCAACACCAACACGACAUGAUAAGAUCUCGAUUACGGUUAUUAGGACGUUAUCUCAUAGCACUAAAAACAAAAGAUAAAAAUAUAACUGAUUUUGCCUCAUUAUAUGAUCCGAAAUUUUAUGAUGUCGCAAUUGCUGCUGUUAAUUCUGUUGCGGGUUUUGAUGAAUAUAAAAAUGUUUACAAAGUACCAUCUGUAGCAUUUAAUCUUGGGACGUAUAUAAAACAUGUCGGAGAAAUUCUUAUUAAUGAAUGUAUAAAAAAUCAUGAUCCUAUGAAAAUGGAACUGGCCGAAAAUUUCUUAAAACUAUUGAAACAAGACUAUGGAACAAGUGUUAAUAGAACAGUAUUAGAAACACAGAUGCAACAAAAACGACAAAAGAAGAUUAUACUUCCAUCGACAGAGGAUAUUAGAAAACUGGAUAAUUAUUUAACAGAAAAACGACAAGAAGCUUAUAACAAUUUGACGAAAGAAUAUUCAUAUAAAGAGUGGCUAUCUUUGCUGGAAACAACUCUCAUAUCGGUGCAAUUGUUUAAUCGUCGACGAGCUGGAGAGACUGAAAGAAUACAAAUAUCAGAAUUUCAAAAUUAUCACAGUAUUGAUGAAGAAACGAAUAAAGAUAUGUAUAAAUCAUUAUCAAUGGAAGCACGAAGAUUAGCAAAGAAAUAUGUCCGUUUUGUAAUACGUGGUAAACUUGGUCGUACUGUUCCUGUUUUAAUUCAUUCCGAACUACUAAAAUGCAUUAAUCUUAUAUUGGAUUACCGUUCACAUGCAAAAGUACCUCGUGAAAAUCCAUAUCUCUUUGGAAUACCAAGUUACGAUAAGAAGAGAUAUAAAUAUUUAAGGGCUUGCAAUUUAAUGCGGUCUUUUUCAGUAGCAUGCGGAGCAACCAUGUCACAUACAUUACGUGGAACACAAUUGAGAAAACACAUAGCAACUAAAUGUAUUUCUCUAAAUUUAUUAGAGUAUCAGGUGAAUGAUUUAUCAAAUCAUUUGGGACAUUCAGAUAAAAUACACAAAGAGCAUUACAGAUUACCUAUUGCUAGUCGAGACAUUUUACAAGUAUCAAAACUUUUGGAAUAUGCGCAAGGUGAAGAAAAAAAUAACAAUGAGGACGAAAGUACUGAUGACGAUGAUGAAUCUGAUGUAUUGCUCAAAAGAGAUUCAUGUAAUGAUGAAAACCGAUCAUUCUCUUCUGAUGAAUAUCAGAUGAACAUACCAUUAUCCAGUAAAAAUCAAAAUUUAUUUAAGGAUUGUGAAGAUAAUCUAAAAGAAAAACACUGCAAGAGUGUAGGCAGACAUUCAACAAAGGAUAAACCUAUAAAAAUAAAACGCCGUUCGACAUCUCCCUAUGGUCCUACAAAACGAAUUCGUUGGAAUGAAGAGGAAAAAAAUGCUGUUACAUCUGCAUUUGGAACAUAUAUUGACUCUACGAAAUUGCCUUCUUUGCAAGAGAUUAACAAGGUUAUAGAAAACUCUCCAUGUUUAAAAAGUCGUACAGCACCGCAAAUAAAAACAUGGCUGCAUAAUCAACGAAAAUCUCGAAUGCAAAAUAAAUAAGUUUAGUUGAGAUGUUUAUCUAAUGAGAUUAAUAAUUAUCCGUAUACUUUUAUUAUUUUUAUAAAUAGUACCUGUUACAACGCAAUUUAAUGCAAAUUUAAUGUUUAUUUUUAUCGCAAAUUAGUCUUGCGAUUUUUGGUUUAUAAGUACCUAAUAUAACUUUUAAAGCAUGUCAUUAAUAUGUCAAAUAAUUUUGUCUUCACAAAGAUAUCUUUUAUAUUGUGAUGUAAUUUAUACAGGCUUUUAUUUUCUUUUGUAAUGAUUAUAAUUUAAAAAAAAAUAUAUAUUUUUCAAGUACUUAUUUCGUAUAAUAUUUAAAAACAAACUAAUGUUAUUAACGAUAAAAAUGUUUUUAUAAAAGAUAUCUCGUGAUUUAAUUCAGAGAUUUAGGAUGUAUUUCACACGUGCGUAUGAUGCAUGAUGCAUCACGUGUAUAAUGUAUGAAAUGGGACGCAUCUCUACAUUUAUGAUUGUAAAUGGUACGGUUAUUCUUACAGUUUUUCAUACAUAAUUCUUAUAACUUUAAAAACAGGCAGUUAUUAACGAUAUGUCAAAUAUUUUUGUUUUUAUGAAAAAUAUGCUACAUUGUGAUGUAAUUUGGAAACUUAUAAUUAUAUUUAUUUUAUAAGCGAUAAAAGAGACUGUUUAUAACGAGACUGUUUAUAAUUUUGAAAUAAAGAUUUCAAAAUUUCUAAUUAUGUUAAGGAAAUAUAAAGAAAAAACUGCCAAAAAAAUUAUUUUUUAUUAAAUAAGAUAACUACAUUAAUAGCGCUAAAAUUUUGUAAUAUAUUGUGCGUGUGAUUGGUGCAGAUAUUUUAACUUUGCAGGAUUUUAAAGUUUUUGUCUUUUGCACUUAAAAAAAAAAA